CUUAUUAUGGUUAAACUCUUUAAAUUCCUAUAUGGGAAGACUAUACUUAUAAAUCCUAUUUAAUACUAAUUACUAUUAUUUAAUUAUUUAAUACUAAUUAGUAUUAAUACAUAAAUCCUAUGUCUAGUAUUAUGGAUGACAGUAGAAAGCCUUGCCAAACCGUUGCUCGUACUGGAAAAGAUUCUAGUUGAUCCUUAUUAUGUAUGGCUAUGGCUCUUCGUUUUAGAUGUAUACUGAUUAUCUUUUUAAGGAAAGGUCCAUUUAUUCCCAUGUUUUGGAACAGUGAAUGAAAUAUGAAAUCUCCCAAAUGUCUUACUUUUUCUUGUCUGUUAGGUAGUAUAGUCAGUGACUUAAGAGACAUAGGAGAUCACUCCCCUAGAAUGGUCACUGGGGGAUGUAAAGGGAACCUCUGCCCCCCAGGGUCAUCUGACCUGCGCCCUGUGCUGUGUGACUGGAUGUCACAUGAACACUCCAAACAUAGGUUACAGGUGAAGAGUCCUAGAGACAUGACCUGGAACUAAAGGUUAUGGUCAGGCCAAAAGAGGAUAAAAGAGGAGGUGUGUGUGUGUGUGUGUGUGUGUGUGUGUGUGUGUGUGUGUGUAUGUGUGAGUGAGUGUGUACUCUAUUUCCCUGAUGGCAAGAUUAGAUUUAGAUUAGAAAUAGGCUUUGAUCUCUAUUUCAAGUAAAUAUUAAUGAACUCUAUGGAAACUAAGAACUGGGAGUUUUUAAUUUAAUGUUAACAAGGAGUAGGAAUUGAGCUAGACUUUGAAAUAUAGAUAGGCUAUAAAAUAGGUCUAUAGAUAGGCAGACAUUAAGAAAAGGAAAGGACAAUCUAAGUAGAAUAAGUAAGGAUGCAAAGUUGGGAAUUUAUCUGUUAGUGAGUUGAUGAGCCUUUCUAGAGCAGAGGGAGUAUUAGAAGAAACAUACGAUAAAUAAAUUGAGGAAGAUCAUGGAGGACUUUUAAUUCCAGGCUUAUGAAUCUAGACUUUAUUCAACUAGAAAAUCAUAAGGAGUCAUUGGAUGUGUUUGUGUUGAGUUCAAAGAAUGGCUUAGAAAAGGUCAUAUGAUCAUAACUGUCCUUGAGAAUAUAUUCUUAGAAGUAGUGAUAGUUAGAGAAGCAGAUGCCACUAAGCCAUAUACUUAGGGAUAUAUUUUAACUUUGACAAUAGUGAGUCAAUGGUUGUGCCACAGUUCCUUUUUCAUGAAGUGGAGGUUUUUAAAUUAAUUAUUACAGCUGUGAAUGAAGACCUCAUGAAGGAUGGUGGGAAGAGAGAAAUUGAUUUUUCCAUAUAGAAUGUUGAUGAAACCUUGUGACCAGUGGAAAACAUUUGUUAGUCUAUAUAUUUAAAAAUAAAUGUAACGUUCUUCAUAUGGAAGAGUAUGAUAUAAUAUUUCUUACUUUGGAAACAUAAAUGUUUGGGGACCUUUUCUGUACUACAAACUCAAUAUGAGUUAACAGCAUUAUAUGAGAGAGGAAAAAAAAACAACUUAUGCACUUAAAAGAACCAAGAAUAUUUAGAGUUAAGUAGGUAAUCACCCUGAAAGCUUGAUCUGCUAGGCCAUAUUUAGAAUGUUGUGUUCAGAUCUAAGCAACGUUUUAGGAAAUUUAGGACAAAUUGAAGAUUGUCUAUAGUAGAACAACUGAGAUGGUGAAGGUCCUCUAGCUUGUUCCAUUUGAGCAUCAGUUGAAAGUACUCAGGAUGAUUAGACCGGAAAUGAGAGAGGAGGUAAAAGGGCAUUGUAUCUGUAUUCAAGUACUUGAAGCACUAUCCUGUGGCAGAAGGAUGGAGAUUGUUUGGUUUGGUCCCAGAAACAAUGGAAGUUGGGAAGAUGCAAAUUUAGGCUUGAUAAAAUAACAUAAAAUGAUGUUAAUGGUACCCUAAUGGCUAAAAAAGAGUUUUACACACUUUAGAGUGGUUAUCCCCACUGGACUCAUUAUAUAUCAGCAAUUAUAUACUCUUCACCAAAACAACAAAAAUUUAUUUCAGGUGUCCUGUGUAUGUAGUAACUCAAUGGCUGGAUAACCACAAAAUCGUUCUAUGGGAGAAAAAAAAAACUUCUUUCAAAGUUAUGAGCUGUUAUGAAUUUAGAAUGUCAACUUAGCUGAGUUAUUAUUUUCAUAGAUGACUGUUCCCACCUUCCUGGAGAUGCUUUCUUGGGAAUAUUUGGAGGUGCUUAUUUAAAUCUUAUUUUCCCUUCAGGAAAUAUUGCAUCACUAUAUUUGAUUGCAUCCAAUUCCCAUAUGAUAAGCUUUAUACUCAGUGUUGAAGAAGAAAACUCACUCCAGCUUGGCUAUCAUCUCUUUCCUCAAUGUGAAGGUUUUUUUUUUCCUUUUGUCUUGUGUUUUCGCCUCAGAGUUACUUGCCUGAUUUUUAGGAAACUGUGAUCAUCAUGGCAGAACUUAUUUUGAGUAAGUCAUUUUAUUAAGUGUAGUAAUGUUUCUUUGCUUAUUUUUAAUGCUUCCUAUUAGUCCAGGUGGUAUUGUUCAUGGUAGGAAAGUUUACUUGUUAGAGUCACACAAAUGAAUGCCCUCAUUGUGUAGUGAGGAGUUCUUGGGAAUGAGUUAUCUGGAUAAGUGAGAAAAUCCAGUUUCUAGCCUUAUAAUGAUGUUGUCUCUCAGUUAGGAUCAUCACUAUCCCAAUUUAUAUGUCAACAUUGUAAGGGUUUGGGGGUCUACUUAGUUGAUUUCCUUGAUGUUCUAUUUCUGCUGAGCAAUGUUCCCCUUCCUCUAGUGUCUUGCAUGAUAAGUGCUUACUAAUUAUUUUGUGGAAUUGAUUGUGGGAAGAGAGUCAUUCCUAGUCUAUGAGGAGCAAUUUUUGAACCUAAACAACUUUAAGACCAAGGACUGUUUGUGGUGUUUGGUGUCUCUUCUUGUCAAGUUCUUUGCUUUAAUACAAAGUGGUGCUAUCAAUAUUUUUUUAUAUAUGUCAUCUUAGUCAUCCUUUGAACUCUUUGGGAUGGUGCCUCAUAAUGGAUAUCACUGUAAAAAAAAAAGAUUUGUAAAAGUUGCAUUGGAAUUUGGUUGAAAUUGUUUUCUGGCAUGGUUAAACCAAUUUCUCAAUAUCAUCAUUUAUGUAUUAGUAUGGCUCUUCUCCCAUGACUUCUAGCAAUUGCCAUUUUCCUCUUUUGUCGUCUAUAACAAUUAGAUAGGUAGAAGGAGAAUCCUUUGAGUUGAUUUGGUUUGCAUUUCUCUUAUGAUUAUUUGUGAUUUGAAGCAGUUUUCAUAUGUUAUUGAUAGCUUGCACUUCUUCUUUUGAAAACUGCCUGGCCAUAUCCUUUAACCACUGUAUUUAUUUCUGUGUACAUAUUAUAUCCAACUCUCAGUAAAUUGAAGCAACUAUCUUAUUUUUUAGUCUUUUUAUCUAUAUUGCCUCAGAAGUGGUAGGGACUUAAUCAAUGCUUUGAAUUGAACUAUCUUGUGCCUUAGUUUCUUUAUCAGUAAAUUGAGGAUAAUAUAUGUUCUAACAGACUUUACAGAGUUACAGGGGAAAUAUAUAUCUGGAAGCUUUAUAUAAAUGUCAGCUAAUUUUAGUAGUUUGUUUUUUUUAAGCUCUUUGCCUUCUGUCUGAAUUGAUACUAAGUAUUAGUUUCAAGACUGAAGGGCAGUAAGGUUAGGCAAUUGGAAUUAAAGGAUUUGCCCAGUCAUACAGCCAGAAGAUUUUGAACUCAGGACUUCUAAUCUCCAGACCUACGUCUUUAUCCCUGAGCCACCUAGCUGCCCUUUGUUAUUAGUUUUACCUCUUCUUUCUAGAGAACUGUGAGGUCUAUAGUAUGACACCUGUUCAGUGGUUAUUAUUAACCUGCUCAGUGGUUAUUAAUGAAAAUAACAAUAAUAGCAUUUAUAUAAUACUUUUAUAUAUGUUAACUCAUUUGAUCCUCACAACCACCCUGUGAGUUUGGCAUAAUUUAUCAUCUUUAUUUUACAAAUAAGGAAACUAGGAACAAAGAUUAAGCAACUUAUCCAGGGUCAUAUAACUAGUGUCUGAGGAAGGAUUCACAUUCAAGUCCUCCUUAUUCUAUGAAGUGUGCUCUGUCCACUGUGCCACCUCUCUAGUAAUACAGAGAUUACUUGGAUGACAUUUACAACUAACCAUCAUGCAAGUAUAAAGUUCCUCCCUCAGGAGCUCACUGAGUGCAUCCCUUUAUUAUAAGGGAGUCAGAAGUAAUAAUUUCUAUUUUGUAGAGGAGGCAAUUGACUUCAUCAUUAACUCUUCUGAAGCAAUGAUUGAUCGUUGUUAUUCUUCCCACUACACCAGGUCUUCUGUCCCUUCAUUCUUGUAUAGAAUCAAUUCUAAGACAAUGGAAUUCUCUGAUUUGAUAGGACCAGUGGUGGUUGCUAAAAAAGAUCAUUUUGGUGAUCAUUCGUGGUAUGCCAUAUGAAAAGAGGGAGAGGAAGAGAAUCUAUCAUUUCACUAAUUUUUUCUUACAAUUCUUCACUUCUUUUCUUUUGAUUUCAAAGAAGAGAUAGACAUGUUGUAGGCAAAGGUAGAUUUGCAAAAUGGAAUGAUUAUUGCACAGCCAAAUACCCAGAUGAUGAUCCCUCUUGGAUAGAAAUAGAGCUCUAAUUGCAUGAUUCUUGAGGUUUGUCCCAGGUGCUAACUCCAAACAAGAGUUCCUUGCUAAAUAUUAAGCAGUAUUGCAGAAUUUCCACAAAGAAGGCCAUAUAUAUUUAGGUAUCCAUCCAUUACCUCCACCUUUAAAAUUGUUCCCCUCCAGUUCUGUGCAAAGAUGGAUACCCUUAGGUCAUUUUGUCUUUGAUCUCCACAGAUAUUAUUAACUCUAAUAAUUCAGGACCAGUAGAUCUCAGCUCCCAAACACAUUCAGCCUCUGAUGUUACUUGAUAUGGAAUUAUCUAAAAAACAGGCUCUUUUCUCUUAGGAAAGCAAAUAACACAACUACCUAGUUUUGGGUCAGUGGUCAAAGCAAUGGACAUGGACACAAGACUUUCAGAAAGAAUGGACUACCCUCAGUUGCAGAGACGGUGUUUAAUGCUCAAAAAUAUCUUAUUUCCCCUCACCCACUUUAACAUUUCCAAUUAGGAUCAAGAAAUUAUAGGCAAAGAGUAAUAAGGCUCCUUUGGAGUCAUAUUGUUUAGUUUCCUAAUUUUUGUUUCUGUUGUUAUUCAGUUGUUUCAGCAGUAUCCAACUCCUUAUGACCCCAUUUUGUCAGUUUUCUUGGAAAAAAAAACACAAGCAAGUGUAGUGGUUUGCCAUGUCCUUUAGUUCAUUUUACGUGGGAUGUAUGGGGUGCUCAGGGAGGAGUAGUAUCUCUGGUACGGAGGGCUUGUCGUGCCCUCCUAGGGCAGCUCUCCAACCUCUGACCCCCACCUGACACCCAGCUCUCACUUGUGGCUCCCAGUAGUUGCUAGCAUGCGGCAGUGGCCAUACCCCGGGGAACGGCUUCGACAGGCCAGCUAAACCUUGUGAGGGUAGCCAUCGGGUCAUUGACCCCUGGUGAACCAGGGCUUUGCUCACCCAGCAUGUGAAGACUGCUUCGGCAGAACAGGCGGAAGAAACCAACAAGAAGGUUCAACGGCUGAGAUGGCGAUGCAGCAAGGCACUGUGGAGUGCUUAGGGCAUGUUGGAGCACAAAAGACAACACGGCCAUCCAAUGCAGCUGAGGAAGUCUCCAGGUGUAACGACUUUUCGUGCCAUUGGACCCAGGCUUCCAACACCGAGAGAGUGGAUCUAUCUCUGUGCAUUGACUUUUCCACUUAAAUCUUCAUGCACAGGUGUCUUUGUGCACACUCAUCUAUAUCACAGAUGAAAGUGCACAAAGACAAUCGUCAAUCUCGGUUACCGAGAGACUACUACUACUAUAUAUAUGUAUAUCUAUAUAUAUAGAUAUAUCCAUAUAUAUCUAUAUCUAUAUAUAUAUAUAUCAGAUUAAUGAAAGUCAUUUCUUGCUUGUAUUUGUUUUGUUCUCCUCUUUGAUGCAGGCCCUACCAGAUGAAUAAAGCAAUAUCAAAUUUUGCUGCUUCCAGAUUUAAAACCAGAGUCUUUAUUUGGUCUAAAUUGCUAGGUGGAUUUUAGACUUUUCAUUUCUCUCUUCCAAAUGUUAGCUGCUUUUCAUUCCCAAAUAGGGUACUUGAAGCAAAGAGCUCCUGCUUUCUCACAAGAAAUGUUCUGAGAAACUAAAGUAUAUCUUUUUUAAUCCUGUAUUACUUAACUGACUCUAUAAUAGUUACUGAUUAUGGAAUUAAAAUGUAUGACUCUCAAGGACAUAGGGAUUCUAAGACUGGGGAUAUGGAAAAUUGCUUUCUUUUUCUGUCAAAAUGAGCUUUCUUCUUUGAUCAUACUUUCUUAAGUUUUUGGGAGAUAAUUAGAGGUAGCCACAAAAUCCUCAUAAUUGAAAAGCUUAUUCUUUUUUUAAAAAUAGAAAGAAAAGGAAAAAAUAUGAGUUAUAGUAAAAUUAAAUUUCCAGGAUAAAAGUUAUCAUCUCUGAAUACUGCAUAUGCAUUACCAUCAUUGUCUUCCUUUAAAAGACAAAUCCUCUCUCCUAUUCAGAAAGUCCAUUUAUUCUUCUGUUACCCAUCUCUCUGUAGCUUUCAUCAGGAAAGAGCCUUUUCCUUAUUAACCUUUAGCUAUCCUCUGUAGCAGAUAAAAGAGUUAUCAUUCUCAUUUUAAAGAUAUGGAAAUAACUCAAUCAAGAGUGAUUAGUGACUUCUCCAGAGUUAUAUAGCUAAUCAGGAGGAGUGUGGGGUGUUGCCAUAGAUAGAUAGAUCUCCUUUGUUCAAAUAUACUAGUUAUAAAAUCACAGGAUCAUCUUUUAAAAUUUUAUUCAUACCUUUUUUAACAUCAUCUUCAUUUGCAAAUCUAUCCUUCCUCCUCUCCUCCCUAGCCAGCAAUCCCUUGUAACAAAGACCUAAAAGGUAAGAAGAUACAAUGGAGAGUGACUGAAGGCAGUUGCAUCAUGGUAACACACUAGCUGAAUCUCAAUAAUAUAUUUUCAUUCUUCUAUAUCUAGUCUUUCUCUUCUGAAGAAGAAAUGAAAUAAGGAAAGUAUAUAUUUCUUUAAAGCCAAGCUUAGUCAUCAUAAUUAAAUAUAUUAUUUCCAUUUAUAUCAUUUUAGUCAUUGUUUACAUUACUUUCUUUGUUCUGUUAUUUUUCAACAUGUCUCCCUCUGCUCCUUUAUUAUCAUUUGUUUCUUAUAACAUAGUAAAAUGUCAUUGCAUCUACACAUUUCAGUUUCUUUGAACUGUUAUAUUUGAAAUAACACAUAACUAUUAAAUAGUAAGACAAACCUUGUUUUUAAUCAGGAAAGAGAUAAUAUUCACUUUCAGCUACCACACAAGAGUUGAUCUCCUAAAAAUCACACAAAGCCAAGGGCUCUGGGAGAAUGCACCAUGCAAAAUGAUUCUCCUAAGAGUGACAGUACCUUGGGGUCUUUUAUUCCCUCUGGAGAACUUGGUAGAGCAAGCAUGCAUAGACAAGCUGCAAGCAAGCUGCAAAGAGGUUGCAGCCAACAGCUGGGGCAUCAGGGAGAGGUAAACUGUUAUGAAUACAAAAGGAAAAGGUCUAAUCUAAAAUACUUCAAGGUCUAUAGUUCAAUCAGGAGCAGGGGCAAACUUAAAACUUGCAGAAAACCCAAUUGACAGAACAUUCCUUAAUAAACUGUCAUUUACUUUAUUUGUAGUUAUUUUCUACUUCAAAAAAUACUGCUGAAAAUAUAUGUAUAUUGGACUUUUCUUUCUAUCAUUGACAUCCUUGGGAUAUAUACCUAGAAGUGGUCUCUCAGAAUCCAAGGUUAUUUUAGUCAUUUUCUUGGAAUAAUUCAAUUUACUUUUAAAAUAUACAAUUUCAUAGCUCUACCAAAAGUGUGUUAUUUUUGCCCAUCUUUCAAUAAGUCCUCUGAUACUGAUUAUCUUCAGUUUUAUCCUCAUCUUUGCCAAUUUGUUGGAUGUCAGAUAACACUUUGGAAUAGUUUUGGUUUUCAUUUCUUUUAAUAGUUAUUUGGAGCAUUGUUUCAUAUGGUUAUUAAUAGUUUGCAUUUUUUCUUUUGAGAACUGUUGUUCAUGAACUUUUUAUCUUUCAAAAGAAUUAAAUGAAAAGAAAUCUGAAAAAGAAUAGAAUAGCAAUAACCAAGUUCUAAAGCAAAGGUGAGUUAUAUUUGGAUGCCACAAUUAUGCCUAUUUAUUUUUGUGUGUUAGAGCAGAUUUUCCAAAUGUGGAGACAUAAAUGAAUGGGAGAAAAAAAAAUAAGCACGUACCUUGUGCCAAGCACUGUAGGAAUGAAAAGUCUGUGCCCCCAAAGAGCUUAGUUUCUAAUAAAGUAGAUGGCACAGAGAGGAGAGUUGGUGGCCAGGGAAAAAUUAUUCAGUUUGGAAAGUAGAACAGUAAGGCCAUAUAUUGCCAAACACUUUCCAGGGGCAAUAGUGGUGAUUAUUUCAUACCAGUUCUCAAUGUAAGAAGUAGGGAGUGAAGGUGGGGUAGUAAACAUUUGUAAGACUGAAAAUGAUGAGAAUGAAGAUGAGUAUACAUAGUCCCAUGAAAGCAGGACUCUUGUCUUCUUCCUAGGAGUGGUUUCUGGUGGUCAUUUGAAGGGUGCAUCAGCAAUAGUAGCUAAGUGGAAAUUAAAUUGAAAAGACAGUUCUAGUUCUGUUGGAAAGAUAGCUUAGAGCUGGAAAGAAUCUUAGCCAGUCUAACUAAAUUAAAAGAUUUUCCUAGCAGAAGAGACAGUUCUAAAAAGUGUUGGCAAAAGUACAAAUUCCACAUCUGAUCUCUACAACUCCUGUGAUCUUGGACAGUGUACCUAAUGUUCCUGGGCUUCUUGUUCCUUAUCUGUAAAAUGAGGAGAUGGGUCUAGAUGUUCUCUCUCUACCCUUUUAACUUUAGAUCUAUGAUCCUUUGUAUGACUACUCAUCCAUUGUGAAGCUCAUCUUCUACUAUGUUAUUAUGCCCAGCCAGGCAUCUUAUUUUCUCUUCUUGUAAAGCCUGUGUCACCUAAAAUGUUGAAGACUCAGCUUUUAGCCUCAGCUUUCUACACUUAGUCACCCCUUUUACCAUUUUAUCCCAGUCUUCAAAGGGGAAGCAGCAUGGAAAAAGUAAUAGAACGCUGACUUGGGGACAAAGGAAAACUACGUUCCAAUCUUGUUUCUGAUAUGUAAGUCCUUUUGACUAGAGACAAGUCAUUUAAUGUUUCUAAGCUUCUGUUGUUUGAUUUGUGAAGUGUUGUUCAUAGUAUGUAGUUGAACCUUCAUUGACUGCCCUUUCUAAUUCUUGAAUGCUAAUGUUCCCCAAGUUUCCAUCCUUGAGUAUCUCCCCCAACCUUUAUUAUCCUUUGUAAUCUCAUUUAGUUCUGUGGUUUUUUAGCAUAGAGAUGCAAAGAUACAUAUUCUCAUCACAUUGAAAUUAUUUUUAAAGAUGUAUUGAACUAAAAAAAAUAUUGCCCGGAUGUGUAUCUAUGGCCCUAACUUCUCUUGUAAGCUUUCUACCUUCAGCUGAGAAUAUUUACUAGACAGCAACCCCUGAAAUUUCCAACAAUAGAUAAAAUUCCUCUAUCUCUGAUCUCUUCCCCCAAACCUGCUUCACUUUCUCUUUGACUGAGUGGUACCAGCAGUUACUCUCAAAGCCUUGAUUUCAGCUAUGACUGCUGCCCCUCUGUUCCUUCAUUCCAUCAGUUUUCAAACUAUGUCUUUCAACUACAAUAUCUCUCACCUUCUCUGUCUCCUCCUUUCUCUUCCCAUAGACAUAGUUACAGGAGAUUGCUGGAUUUGAAGUCUGAUAAGCUGAGUUAAAAUAUUUCUACUGUUUUAUUUCUUUGAUCAAUAAACAUUUACUAAGUGGUUGCUUUGUUCCAUUUGUUGUACUAAGCACUGGGCAAAAUAAAGGACUUUUCCUGCCCUCAAGGAGCUCACAAUUUAAUGAAGGAGAUAUGCCAACAAAAUACACCAUAUAUGUUUGGAUAUAUAAAUAUAUAAAGCUAUAUCUAAUAUAAAUAGGAAAUAAUUAACAGAGGGAAGGCACUAGAAUUAAGAGGCAUUGGGAAAAGCUUCAGAUAAAAAUGAGAUUUUCAUUGAGUCUUAAAGGAUAAGACUUAAUUGGAUAAGAUUAAAGGAGGAUUGGGAAAUCAGUAGUUGAAGUGGAGGAGGGAAGAAUAUUACAGGCAUGAGGGACAACCAGAGAAUAUGCAGCUGGGGGUGUGGGGUGGUGGUACCUAAAGGCAGAAUUAAGAAAAUGAAACAAUCCAGGCUUGGAAGACAACUUUAUGGACAAAGACUAGGAGACGAGAAAAUACCAUCUCUGUAUGAACAAACAACCAGUUGGCAGGUUUCACUAAUAUGUAGAGUGCCAGAGAGAUAAUGCUUUUAUAAUCAACCUCGAAAGAGAGACUAGUGCUGCACAGUAAAAGAUUUUAACUACAAAAGAGAGGAGUUUGAAUUUUAUCUUUUGAUAACUUCUUGAGUAAGGUUUGCAUGUUUAGAUUUAUGCAUUAGGAAUAUCAGCUUGAAAUCUAUUUAGAAAAUGUUUUGGAAGGAGAGACUGGAUGUAGGAGGUCAAUAAGGAUGCUAUUGGAAUGCUGUAGGGGAGGGAUGACCUAAAUUAGAAUCCAUGAGAGGAGAAGAGACAGAUUUGAGAAUUGUCAUGGAGAUAGAAGCAACUGAUUGUUUAUCUAGAAGAGGGACUGAAGGGUAGUUCUAAGUUUAGGAGCUUGCAUGACUAGAAUGAUGGUGGUACCAUGGACAGAAAUAGGAAAACUAGGAAAAAUGGGGAGUGAAUGUGUUUUCUGGGAUUUUUUGAGUUGGAGAUGUCUCUAUGAAAUUCAGCUAGAGGUUUGUCACAGGCAGUUUGAGAAGAGGAUACUAGAACUCUGGAGAGAGAUUUGAGCUAAUUAGGAAGAUUUUGGCAUAAUCUACACAUAGAUAGUUGUAAGAAGUAAGAUCACCAAGAAAAGAAGAGAAUGUUAAGAGAAGAGACCUAAGACAGUGACCUAGGGUAUACACGUUACUCCUAUAUAGGGAUAUGAAUGAUGAUACAGAAGUGAAAACUGAAAAGUCUGGUUAGGUCAACAUGGAAUCAGAAAGUAAAAAGUCUUAUGAACCUAAAUGUUUUCCCAUCAUAGAGCAGUUUCACAAGAGCAGAAUAAACACUUGUAAUUAUAUCAUUCAUUUUUGGGAGAAAUUUUUGUUGAGAAUUAGUAAUUAAAAAUAGCCUAAAUUAAUAAAAUACUUUUAUAGUUUACUAAUCACUUUCCUUAUAACAACUGUGUGAUGAUGUUGCAGGUGUUAUUCCUAUUUUACAGAUAAGGAAAAUGAGACUUAGAGAGAGAUUUUUAGUGACUUACAUAUGGCUACAGAGCCAGUAAAUGACAGAACCAGGAUAUGUAAAAUCAUAGGCUUUAGAAUUAUGAGGGAGGUUUAGAGAUCAUUUGCUUCAGCUUUUUCAAAAGAAAAAGAAAGAUAGAUAGAUUAGAUAGAUAGAUAGAUAGAUAGAUAGAUAGAUAGAUAGAUAGUCCUAUCAUUUGUUAAAUUAAAGGUUCGAGAGGAGAGAAAUAUUUCUGAGUUGGACUUUUCUUGUCCCAGGACUAUUUCGCAGAAUCAAAUGUAUGGGUCAGAAUUGAGGGUGAAUGAGUACCUUGGUGUCAUAACUUUGUGUAUUCCAUUUUUAGAGAAUAGCUACAAAAUGUCAUUGAACUUUGUGAGAUUCUAAUGUUGAUACUAACUCUUGGUUUUUAACUCACAAGGAUUUCAAGAUUAGAACUAUCUUGGUUCAGAUUCAGGAUGGUCAGAACAGUUUCAAAUCUUGGACAAAGUAGGAAAAGAAGGCAAUAAGAAUUUAUACAGCACCUCCUACUACAUGCCUGGCAUUGUACUUUACAAGUAUUGUCUCAUUUGAUCCUCACAGCACACCUGGGAAGGAGGUACAAAUGAUCUCGAAGGCUUCCUCCUUAUUAACUCCAAAGCCAUUUUAUAACUGAAGAAACUGAGGCAAACUGGUUAAGUGACUUUCCUGGGUUUACAAAGGUAGUAAAUAUUUGAGGCAAGAUUUGAAUUUGGGUCAUCCAGACCCCAGAUCCAGUGUUUUAGCCUCUUCUCCAAUCCAGCUGUCUCAGCUUGAUGAAAAUUGGAGACAAUGCCAUGUGAGGAUCUGAAGAGGUCUAGUCUAGAGAAGACAAGACUUGUGGGGAAAACGAUAGCUGUCUUCUAGAAUUUGAAGAAGUUAUUGUGUGGAAGAGAGAUUAGAUUUACUUUCUUUAAUCCCAGAAGGGAAAUUAGUGUGGAUUAUUACAGAAAAGAAAUUAUAGAGAAGAAAAUUCUCAUGGAAAAGCUUCCUAAUUUUAAGCAACAAAAGCCUGACAAUCAGAGCUAUCCCAGACUGAAAUGAGCUACCACAGAGGGCAGUGGUUGCAUAACUGUCUCUGACUAAAGCAGAGGCUGGAUAGCUAUCAGUCAGGAAAUUUUGUAGUUAGCAAAGAUUCUUAUUCAACUUUGGAUAGGACUAGGGACUUUCAGCUCUGAAUUUCUGUUAUUCUCUUUCAUAGCCCCUCAUGUCAGCAUGAUAAUUAUAUUCUGGAAUUUUGCUGAAGUCCAUUUUCAUCUAAUUAUUUUAAGUGGUGGUGUGUGUGUGUGUGUGUGUGUGUGUGUGUGUGUGUGUGUGUGUGUGUGUGUGUGUGACUUUUCAUACCUAAAUCUUUGAGUCAAUAUUUGUUCUGGUGAUACAGCAAUAAGGACCACGUAUGAUUGAAUUGGUGAACAUUAUAUUGAGAGGUAAUUGGUAGAUGACUAGAACAAAGUGAAAUCUUAUUUGAUUUCAGUAAACAUGCAUUUUGAGUAGACUAGCUUUCCCAGUUUUUGAUUAGUAUGACACUCUUAAAAAGUUGGAGUGGCAAAACCCAUUGACCUCUCCUUGAGCUCUGUGUAAAUGAGCUUUAGAUGUUGAUGGGAUGGGCACAGAUUCUACUUAAUACAUACUAUGUAUAUAUUUGAUUUAUUUCAAAUACCUAGGGCAAGCCCUAUGCAUGUACAGUUACAUAAUAGACAAAGCUUUUUGGCCACUCAGGUCUCUAUUCACCUUUUCCUGCCUUUCUGUUCCUAAUUACCAUAUAUUCAAUUUCUUGCUAAUCUUCCCUGAAAUAUCUAAAACUCAUAGUAAGAUGAGAAACAUAUGCUUUUGUCAAAGAAAUGUUACAUUUUUAACAGUGAAUAUAGUUUUAAGCCAUGUGUUUUCUAAAAACUAGGACAUGAAAAUCCAUAGGCUUUGUAAAUUUUAUUAGGUCCUCCUAUAGCGGUUGGUGGAUGUGUGAAUAAGUCAAAUCCUGACCUUUGGUCUCUUAGUCACAGUGGCAUUCCAGUUCCCACGACUGAAAUUCAUUUGACAGCCCACAACAGCAUGUAGCCUACCUAUAUGUGAUGCCAGUCUUCAUCAAAAGUGUGUUCAAAAAAGAGCUAAUAGAUGAGGAAGUGUUAGAGUUCCUUAGAGUCUUUGCAGUGUCCCUAAAGACAUUAUAUAGGUGAUCACUUAAUCAAACCCUGUGAGUAAUACUAGCUUGUGUUGAAAGCAUAGAGUGUUAGAGGCAGAGGGGACUUAAAGGUUAUAUAUUAUUUAUCAGUAGACAAACAGUAUGUAAAGAAGGCUUUGUAUAGAGAAGGAUUUUGAAAAAUGGAUAAAAAUUAGGUAUUUAGAGUAGGACUAAGACCAUUAGAGAUGGAAAUUUUAGUGGAAAGUCAGAAAAUAAGCAAUAGUAGGGGGGAAUAAUUCAGUUCCCUAUGAAAAGAUUAGCCUGCAUCUAUUGAGGAUCUAACAUUAUGGGAAAUAAUAUUUAGGGAUCCUGCUUUAAGGUGAUAUUUGUAAAUAGUCUGAAAUUCUGAGAGUUUGAAGGGAUUUUGUAUUUCCAUUUCAUGUUGGAACUGGAAUCAUCAAUGGCAUUUCCCAGAUGAUCCUCCAUCUUCCAUUUACAAAUCUUCAGGAAUGGCAAGUUCACUUUUUCCUGAAGGAGCUCUUGCCAUGUUUUAUUUAGUUGUUUUUUUUCUUUCCUCUUUUUAGGUAACUGAAAUUUGCUUCCCUUCAAUUCUACCUUUUUCUCCCAGUUUCUCUAUCUGGAGUCAAAUGGGACAUGUUUAAUCCUAAUUCUAUAUUACCAGCCUUCAAAUAAUUAGACUAACUUAAAAAUUAUUUUUCAGAUAACUACUAUUUAAUACAUUUGUUAAACAAGCCACUCUUUCUUCACCACAAACACUAAUUCUUUCAUCUAGUCCUUGUAUUUUAUGUUCUCAAGUAUUUUCAUAUAGUUGUCCACUCUCUUAACUCUCUUUGGUUUAACAUGCCAAUGCUAUCUCUGAAAUAUGGUGCCCAGAACUGAUUACAGAUGUGAUUUUAUUCUGGUAGAAUACAGUGUCAUCAUAUCAUCCUCCUUAUGGACAUUAGACCUAAAUUUAGACAGAUUCAGGAAAGACUCCUACAUUAACAAUGAAUCAUUUUUCUGCAUAUGGGAAUAUGAUUAAUGCCAUUUUUAUUCUGUUAUUCUAUCCUUAACAGACCUAGUGCCCUCUGAUUUUUUUCUUGAAAUUAUUUGAUUUGUUGGUUUGAAGCUUCUGUAUAAGCUGUAAAUGUUUGCCUUCUUCAUUCCUUCUUCCUGACCUAUACUUUCCAUAUUUUUCUUUCUUUUUUCUUUCUUUACCUCUUUCUACAUUUGCUUCCAAGUCACCAAUUAUCACAAAAUUUGUUGAUUUAAUUUGAAGAGUUUUGUUGCAUGUUUUGUGGAAUUUCAUAGGAUCUUAAACUAAGACCUAGAAGGGAGAGACAUCAGAGGUUAUCUAGUCCCCAUCCUCACAUUUUAUAGAUGAGGAAACUGGGGCCCAGAGGUAUUACACAACUUCCUCAAAGUCUAGUAAAUACAAAAGCCAGAAAUUGAGAAGCAAAUGCUCCUUUGACUUCAAGGUCCAGUGCUCUGUGGAACUUUAAGACAAAAAACAUUCUCUCUUCCCUUGCAACAGAUGUUGAUGUGUAAGCUCUAAUUAUUUUCAUGGUGGGUGGUCUUUUUACAGAGACUUGAUCAUGGUCACUCCAAUAUGAGACAAUCAUAUUUUCCCAUGGAAUUAUGUUUCCUGCAACCUUUGGACAUAUUGUUAAACCAGCUUUGCCAGUCCAUUCACUUGUCUUUCCAAGAGAGCUGUUACUGAUCCUUCCAUAUGGCUGCAAAUUCCAUCUAUCUGCUUGCUUAUGUGGCAAAAUGUCAAGAUUGAUAGAAUUCAGUAUUUCCCAGUAGUAUUUUGCUUCUUGGCCCUGGACAAGGAUAUCACAGGAUAUCUGUAGUUAAGGGAAAGUUUUUAUUAGAUGGUCUAAAAUAUGUAAUUCUUUGCACCUUUUGCUCCCCUUCCUCUCACUUAGCUGGUGUCAUUUCAGUAGAUAGGAGUCCCACAGGACUAAGGGACCAUUUUGCAUUUUGUUUUGUUUUGUGGUUUGCUACAACCAAAGAAUUCAUCACCAAGUGAGCAGGCUUAAAGACUUUCCCUUCUUAGUUAAGGUUGCUACCAGGAGAGCUAACUCAAAGCCUCUUUAGCUUCCUAAACGCAGCCAGAGGUUGUGGGUCACCACACUACCAUGAUCAGUCAUUAAUUUUCAUUAUAUACCUUGUUUAAAAGACUUCUUUAGAGAAGAUAAUUUAGUCAUCAUAAAAAAUGAAGUUCCAUGAUUUGGGUCAGCAGAGAUAUUUUUUUUCCCUCUGAAAGAAAAACAAAGAGGAAGGCAGGGUGGUGAUAAUGGGAUUGAUUAGGAAUAUGGAGGAGAAGAGAGGGAACUUUUACUACAGCAGGAAUAGGGGCAAGAACUAGUGACUGCUCCGGUGAGGGAUGGAUAUGGGUGGGAGAGCAGUGAAAAGGAGAAAGCAGCUCUUAGCAGAAGCAGUGCAGUUGGGGAAUGAGAUAGAAUUACAAGCUUGACAUCUAUUGAAAUAGGAGUUUAAAUGCCUGCUGUUGAUUCUUCUAUUAUCUUUUUAUUUUUAUAACAAAUUUCCACAUAAUUUUUCUGAAAUUGUAUGACCCAUAUUGUCUCAUUCCCUUCUCCCCUGUCCCCUCCCAGAGCUGACAAGCAAUUCAAUCUGGGUUAUACAUGUACUAUCACUCAAAACAUAUAUCCAUAGUAUUAAUUUUUAUAAGUGAAUACUCUUGUAAAACCAAAACCCCCAAAAUAUAUGCCAAAAUAAACAACUGACAAAUCAUAUGUUUUCAUCUGCAUUCCUACUCUAACAGUUCUUUCUCUGGAGGUGGAGACCAUUCUUUUUCAUAAGUUCCUCAGAAUUCUUGUCGCUUCUUCUAAAUACCAUUUUUCUCAUCUGUGCAAUGAAGCUAAAAAAUAUCCCUAGAACCUACUUCAUACGAUUGGUAUAACUUUUGCAAAAACUAUUAUUUUUCUAUCUGCUUGAAUUCAGAAUUGGUAUCUAAUCCCUGGGAUAGGAGGCAGUGAACAAAGGAUCUUAGAGGCUGCCAGGGCUUCCAUACAUCACAUUUAGUACUGAGAAGUACUUGACCAGAUGUGCUCAGUUCCCUCUUUUGAUCCUUUUGAGGACAUCCUUUUAAGACCUUUGUGUAGGGAGUCCUUUCUCCUCUCUUCCAUUCCCCCCCAAAAAGAUAUUACUGAGUUUAUUUCUAGAGAAGUAUUCUUAUACUAGAAGAUUGAGCUGGUAAAGUUCUAGGACCUUAUGGUCUGUGUGACUGUGGCAGGUUUCUGAACCUUCCAUGGGCCUCAGUUUCCUCAAUAAGAUGAAGAUGACUUUUAUGGUCCCUUAUGGAUCUAGCCUAUUAUCCUAUGAUGCAGUGAUCUAUAUAUCCUUCUAGUUCAUACUUUCGAGUCACUCUCUUGAAAAGCCAAAGUCUUUUUGCAACUUUAUUCAUUCGAUUGAUGGAUAGAGAUAGGCAAGUAGUGGAGCAGAAUAUACUUGAGAAUGAGGAUGUUCUUUAGAAAUGAAUCUAAUAAUUCUUCUGCUGAGCCAGUCAUCUCUCCCACUAUCUGUAUCUUCCACUUCAGUUAGAAUAUUCUUUAUUUCUCCCACAGAACACUGUGCUCAUUGCUCAUGGUUUCAUCAGUCUGGGCCAUCUUCUUUUCCCCCUUUCUUUGUAUUAACUAGUAUCUCUCUUUCUAGGUUCAGCUCACAUCCUUCCUUUCUCUUAUUCUUGCUUCUUCAGCUCACAGUUUCCUCCAUUCUCAGAGUUGCCUUGCCUCUUGAGCUCAAAUGACAUGAUUUAGUCCAUAAAUGGAUAGUUCUCACUCCCCAGUUAUAUUAUAAGCCCUCUGUGAAGAAGGCAGAUGCUUUUCUUGAUUAUCUUUUAACCUAGCAUGUUACCUAUGAAAAGAAAAAAAAAGAGGUACAAUAAAAUAAAUAUUGAAUUAAAUGAAAUCUAGCUCCGACAUUAUUAUCAUCAUCAUGCUGGGCCUCAGUUUCCCUUAAUAGUAAAAUAAGGGAAUUGGACUUUAGAGGCCUCUAUAGCCUCUAGGAUCCCUUCCAGUUCUAUAUCCAUAGUCCUAAAAUCCUAAUAAUAGUGGUUUGCAUUUAAUGUGCAUUCACGAAUUCAUAGAAUGAAGAAAUGAAUGCUUUUUUUUAACUCUUCCAUUUCAAGUGUAGUUCUAGGCACAAGGAAUGAAUCAAAUAUUUAUUUGAGCAUCAACCAAUAUGAAGUUCAGUGGAUGAUGUAAUUAUAAACAUAACUUUUGAUGCAUCUAACAGAUUUAAGUUGUUGUUACUCACAUUGAAUUAUAAUUGCCCUUAAUAAUAAGCUUUCACUUAUGGCACUCCGAUUAACUGUAUAAGUGAAUCUCACUUUAUGCAAUAGAUACAACUCUGAAACAUUGUACGUAAAUAGAAUUGGCUUGGUGGACAGUGCUGGACUUGGAGUCAGGAAGGCCUGGGUUCGAACCUUGCCUCUGACACUUCCUAGCUGUGUGACCAUGGGUUGUUCAGCGAUGACUAUGGCAAGAUACAGGCCUACGUGGGACUUGGCGCUUGAUCCCUUGGUGUCUUGUAAACUCUGUCUUGGGGAAUAUCCUUUGGAGCAGAUGACAACAAUAGCUCAGUGCCAAUGCGUCUUCUGUACCCUGUGCCUGAAACAGUAUGUGGAGUUGUUGAUCAAAGAAGGAUUAGAAACUGCAAUUAGCUGCCCAGAUGCAGCUUGCCCAAAAAGAGGCCAUCUACAAGAAAACGAGAUUGAAUGUAUGGUUGCUUCAGAAAUUAUGCAAAGAUAUAAAAAGCUGCAGUUUGAAAGAGAAGUUUUGCUGGAUCCCUGCCGGACGUGGUGCCCAUCUUCCACCUGCCAGGCUGUUUGCCAGCUUCAAGAUAUGGGGCCACAAACACCACAGCUGGUGCAGUGUAAGGCGUGUAACAUGGAAUUCUGUUCUUCUUGUAAAGCCAACUGGCAUCCCGGACAAGGCUGUCAAGAAAGUAUGCCAGUCACCUUCCUCCCAGGAGAAACAAGCUCAUCUUUCAAAAUAGACGAGGAAGAUGCACCAAUCAAACGUUGUCCAAAGUGCCGAGUGUACAUUGAACGGGAUGAAGGCUGUGCCCAAAUGAUGUGCAAAAACUGCAAACAUGCAUUCUGCUGGUACUGCCUUGAAUCUUUAGAUGAUGACUUCCUCUUAAUACAUUACGAUAAAGGACCUUGUCGGAACAAGCUUGGCCAUUCUAGGGCAUCUGUGAUCUGGCACAGAACGCAGGUGGUGGGCAUUUUUGCUGGUUUUGGCCUCCUACUGUUAGUGGCCUCCCCCUUCUUGUUACUGGCAACACCUUUUGUUCUCUGCUGCAAGUGCAAGUGUCAUAAAGGCGAUGAUGAUCCCCUACCAACCUAGACCCAGGGAAGACUGGACUCCGACCUUUGGGGAAACGUGGUUCUCCCCCUCCUCCCACUCCCUCCCCUGCCCUCGCACUCCCCAUCGUUACAGCCUCAAGUCCUCCAUCCUGCUUCCCAGCGACACAUGGUGCCAUGAUUCUGGGGACUGAUGUCAAGGCAGUUCCAAAGGCCCAUUUGCAGAGGUCCAGCAGGAAUGUGGAAGAUGAGUCAGGCAGUUCCUGUUGUGCAGACGACAGAGAGACAUGCUGGCCGAUUUUCAAAGGAAAAUGCAGCUGGUAAAAUAUGUGGUAGCUUUGUGUGGCCAGAGACUUAUAGGGAUGGAGGCCAAAUGUGCCAGAUCCACAGCCUAAGAGACAUUCAGUCACAAAGCAUUGUCCUUUUAUAGCAAUCGGCAUUAAGAAGGGAUCUUCCUCUUCAGAGAAGGGAUUGGAGAAUCGCCUGUAACUUCAAACAGAAUCAGUGUGAGCCAAUUUUGGAGAAGAUCUCUGUUAAUUAUACUCCAUUUUCCAGUUGGCAUCAACAAAUCCUUUUCGGUGGGAGAUUUUUUAUUCAUCUGGAUAGUAGAAAUCGACUGGCUGCCUAGAAACCAUUCCAGGUCCUUUUGAAGGUGGAAGGGGAAGGAGAAUUACUGCCUCAAGACUUGUCUAGCUUUGCUGCAUUCUGAAACAUUUAGAAAGUCUCAUGUGCUUUGUCUUGUUAUGAUGUCUUUUGGAAAAACUGUUAGUUGGAGGGGUGAGGGACACAAACCUGUUACUACCCCAUGGAUGUUCUUUGUGAAAAUUACUGCCAUGUUUGAAAGAGCAUCCCUGCUGUUGGUCUUUAUGGAUUUGUUUGGCUAGUUAAGGAUGCACUCCACACAUAGGGCUCAUAAUUUCUUAUCCAGGUAUCAGGAUUCUUUUUAUGUCUCUAAACCAAAUGUGUAAAUAGUUCAGUUCAGAAUUGCUGAGGUUAGGAAACCCGAAGCAGCUUGCCUUUGUCUUAUCAAAUAAGGAGAAUGAACAGUGCAGUAUUACUGUCUCAUUUGCUACCUGCAGACUCAUUCAUAGACCAGCAGGGAUUUCUCCUUUAGAAAGCAAGAAAGUUCCAAACUCUGUGAGUCUAGAGGAGUUCCUGGAAUUUAUAUUUCAUUUUAAAAAGUUAUUCAACUAUUUUAAAAAAUAUAUUUUCUUGUCCCAAUGCUGUUAGUAGUCCCACUAUGACCAGCAUUUUCCCCUCAAAAAAAUCAUUCCAUUUCAUUCAAUUCACUCUCAUUUGAAGAUUGGUUCUUUUGUCAACUCUAGAGCUUUCUCAUGGUUUCCAAGACAGCAGGAAACUAUCUGGAAACCGACCGCAUGCAAGUCAAUCAUAAAAUGCAAAUUACUCUGUCUGAGCUUUGAAAAAAAUAGAAAUUGUGUAUAUCAAAAGGGAUUGGUGAUAAAAUGGGCUAAAAACUACAAGGAAGUGAAGGCAGUCUGCUGUGUUUGUGUCACAGGAAUAUCAUGGGUCCUUUUAUCAUUAGACUGGUUCUCAAAGCUAUACCACAUUCUGAAUUGCUUACCUGAUCUGUUGUCCAUAUAAAAAAAAAAAUCAGCUCUUAUUAGAAAGAUUUCUUCCUUCUCUAGAAUUUAAUGGAUGGACAAGAAGCAGUCUUCUAGAUGGAAUUAUGCAGAAGAAUGUCUGAUUAGGGUCAAAGCUGGUGAGGGCUUUAUAGAUAAUCUAAACUAAUGCCUUCAUUCUUCAGAGAAGGAGCUGGGCCAACAGAAGGGAAAUGAUUUGUAUAAAGUCAACAAAAGAGUAAAUAGUAGAGCCAGGAUUGGUACUUAGGUCCCAUGGCCCUAAGACCAGAGUGGUUUCUACCACAAUGUACAACUUUCCGGUAAUUUCCAUUGGUUUUUCACUUCUAAUUAUUGGAAAAUUUAUCUCACCUUUCAACUUGCCUUUCUGAGGUCAGAAAUUGUACCCAUGUUGAAAACAGGGCACUAUCAUGUUACCUGUCACAUUUCACUCACUGGAGAAUUACAAAAUAAGUUGUCUUCCUUUCAUUCUUAUGUUAAAUUUACUAGAGAAACUAAAUCCAUUUCGAGGGCUAGUUGAUAUCUAAUUUGCAUUGUUUUUUUUACUUCUCUUACAUCUUUUUUUUAUUUUAAAUUUUACCCUUGACUAAGUAGUAAAGCCCUUGAGGUAAGCCCACUCAGGACGGAGACCUUUCAAACUGUGAGUGUGGUGAACAUAGUUUUCAGGGAGGGCCCUGUGUAAUUAUUUGAUAAAUAGAGGGAGGGUAUUGAAGUCCUCUAUCACUUCAGAGAGUAUUAUAUAAGAAGAAAGUAAUGAUGUGAAUGCUUGGGGACUCAGCAGAGAAUCUAGGAAUUAAAUAACCUAGAAAAAUGAUUAGCAAACUACUAUAAUGCAUGGCCAGUGGCCAAUUUUCCAUCACAUUUAGGCUGAUUCCCAGGGCUAUUCCCUUCUUUCUACUGCUUAAAAGAGCCACUGCUCAUUUCAGUAAUCACAAUCAUUAAUACUCUUCCUAUCUUCCAAGGGUCAUGUGUGCCCUGAUCCUGGCUCAUGAAACUUAGGGUUUUUUUUAGCAAUUAGGAAGUUUAGAAUCUUAGAAUCAAAAACAUGGCAGUGACCUUACAGUCAUUUAAUCUCUAUAUAAUGAAUGAGUCUCCUUUGCUGAAUUCCUAAUAAUUGGUUGUUAGCUUUUGCUCGAACACCUACAGUGGUAAGGAAUUUGCCAUCUCAAUAAGACAACCUAUUGUUAGAAAAUUCUUCCUCAUUGCUAAAGGAUUUUACUCAUCAUGACAUGAUUUACAUCAUCAUAUGUUCCUAAUGAUUUGUAGCUGCAGGGGUGAUGCUAUAGAUGAAUUAUAUCCUUUGGUUAUUUCAAUAAUCCUCUGAGGUAGAGAGUGAAUUCUUAUUCUCAUUUUGCAAAUGAGGAAACUGAGACUCAUGGAAAUGAAACAAUUUGCUCAAGUCCCCACCAUUAACUCACAGUAAAAUCUGAACUUGAAGCAAGACUUCAGUCGAGCUCUUUUCACUUCACCAUUUUGGGAAAGUUUCCAAAGGUUCAAACUUUUAUCAGAUUUCUCUGUCAGGUGUGAACCCUUUUGGUCGAAGUUUAAAAUCAGUCCCACCUGGGCUAGGAUAUUCAUUUGUUCCCAAACUUAGAGUUGUACUUUGGACUCUAAUGCGCAUUGUCAGCACUUAAUUGAUGGUGGUAAUAACUUGUUUUUUCAAUAAAACCUUCACAUUUGCAAAUAAAUUUUUAUCACAACAUCCAUUAGUGCAAGCAUCCCCAUCCCCCCCCCCAAUCUUUCAGGUGAAAAGUCUGAGGCUUAAGGUUAUGAAGUGACCCACCUACCCAAGGUCACCUAGUCAUGGAAUAGGCUAUUUCAGACACGUUAGGGGCUAGAGUACAAAAGAGAAUAUUUCUAGGAUAAAUUUCAUUGUUGGGAGCCAGAAAAGUGGGUAAUUGUUUUAGUGACUGGUGGGUCUUGAUGGUCUUCCCUUGAGCAUGCCUGGGGUUCUGGGUUUGAUUUUGAAGACAAAUGUCAUCUGCCUUACUUUGGCAUAAUCAUUUAUGCUGACACUUCUGUGGCAUCAUGUCACAUCUGACUUCACUGAUACCUCACCAGUUUUCAUUGAGCCAGUUUUGUCUUUAGUGAAAAACUAAGUUCUUUCUAUGAGUCUUUUAUGGAGAGACAUCUUGAUGUAAGGGUGAGAGUACUAGACCAAUAGGCAGGAAGAUGUAGGUUCAACUGCCCCCUUCAAAUGCAUAUUAGCUGUGUGACUAUGGGCAAGUCAUGCUCCCUCUCUGAGACAGCUUCCUCAUCUGUAAAAUGGGAAUAAUAAUACCUCUAGUAUCUACCUCACAUGAUUCCUGAGAGGCUCCAAUUGGAUAAUGUUGUUAAGUGCUUUGCAAACCUUACUAUAUUAAAAUGAGCUGAUGUUAUUAAAGUUGUUCACUCUCCGUAGCAUAUCACACUGGGUCAGGACAGUUUCUCUUGCAGCACCCUGUGAUCUCGUCAAUAAGGCCAUUCCUUUAAUUGAUGUAGAUCACAACCCGGAGAUACCUUCCUCACCUGACUGAUUUUGAAGCCUGGCAAGCAUGAUCAGCCUAGUUGUACUGGGGGACUUUAUUGCUUUCUUGGGACAUUAAAAAUAGCAGAGGAGUGGGAGGUUCUUCAUGGGCAGAGGCUGUUCCAACAACUCUCUGCAUGUGACUAGUUCAUCACACAUUAUUAACUGCAUUUGUAAAUCAUAGAUGGAACCCCAAGGUAAUAUUUUGAAACUCGAUGUCCAACAGAAAGGAUUGGAAGCAAUCCUCUUGCUUGUUGAUAGCACUAACUAUAACCUACCUUCCUGAAAUGUUUCAGAGUUUACAGUGUUUCCUCCACAAAAAUCCAUGGGGAAUUAGGUGAUAUGAGUAAAUAUUAUCCCUAUUUCCCAAAUGAGGAAAUUUAGGCUCAGAGAGAACUUAUGCCCAUGAUCCUUAGGUCAAUCAAUGUCAAGGUUUGUACUUGAACCCAUGUCUCCUUCCUCAAAGCCCAAACAGUCUUCCUCAAUGUCAGGGCAUGAAUCCAUGUCUCCUUCCUUCAAACCCAAACAUUCUUUCAUGAGGUAAUGGAAUUAGAACUGGAAGAUAACAUAGAGAUUUAGUACAGUCUCCUCAUUUUAGAGAAGAAAUAGACCUAGAAUGAUCAAGUUACUAGCCCAAAUCAUGUUGAUAUUAAGGGACAGAAGAGGAAUUUGAACUCAGGUCCUUUGACUUUAUAUUACAUCACUUCUACAAUACUGUAUUGUCUCUUGUGUAAACUGAUAGCACAACAUUGAUUUUAUGUUAGUCAAUUCCACAAUGUUCUCAUUUACAUUCCUUUAAUCCUUUAACUUUAUUAUAUCAUUUGCCUUGUAAGAUAAUAUAAUAGUGUGACUGCUUUACAAGGGACAAACUAACCAUAUUACUUAACAUCAAUCUAGUUUUUGUGAAUUAGACUUGAUUGGGGGUAGAUAAUGUAAUUUAUGGCAUAUCUGAGUCACUGCAAUAAGCCACCUUAAAUCACAUGCAUCAGUGAUCUCAUAGUUUUGGAAAUUUCCCCCAGACAUUUAAAUCAUAGCCACCUCAUCUUGCUGUCCUAGGAUGCUAACCCAUCCUGUGCUACUAGUUGUCUAUGUCCUCUCCAAAGUUCAAUACCUUAACACAUAGUUUUACUAUACUUGAGAGAUCCUCCUGCUUGGAUUCAUCCAGAAGGUGCUGUUACCCAUCUGACUUGGCUUCGUUUUUUGAUGUCCAAGGCAGCUGCCCUCAGGGAUGCUCUUGCCUCUGAAAAGAGGGGUGAAAUUUUUGAAGAAACAAGGUGUUAAAGGACCUUAUGAGGAACAUUCAACUCCAUUCCUUUUUUCCCCUAGUACCACAAAACUGAAAAAUCUUUUUCUUCACUCUAAGACUAGGGGCAAGAACACAUUUUCCAGAACAGGUUAAAUUCCUGUUUGGAAGCCUAGGACCCUUGGGGGUGAGGGUGGGGGGAAGCAAUGACAAGAAAUGCACUAAUUAUCUAAAACUAUUAAUAUUUUUUCACUGGUAAAUACAGUGAAAUAAUUUCUGAUAUCACAAAGGAAAACUGUCCUUGGUCUACUUAAAAACUGAGGUCUUACAUUGCAACAUUUAUGGGUGGAAUUUGUGUACAUUUUUUAUUUUCCUUUUUUAUUGAAAACAUGAUGAUUAAAAUAUCAAGAGAAUGCAAAUAGCAUGUGUGAAAACCAAAGCUUGAGUACUUCUUAUAACUAACCCAAGCCCUUAUGAAAAUGGACAAAACGAUGGGUCUGCUAUAGGCAUUAUACAAAAUUUCCAAGGGAGAGAUCAGCAUUAAUACAAAACUGAUAAAGUGCUUAUAUAGAGCAUGCCCUUUUUGUGUCUUAAAACUUCCAUGAAUUUUAUUCUGGCUUUGGUUCGUGAAACUCCUUCUUCCACAAUUCCAGGAACAUUAGGUGCAGGUAUGUGUUUUAUGACCGAAUUUUUUUUUUCUUGCUUAUUUACCUUGGACGUAUUUUAACCCUAUAUAGAGAUAUGCAUGAGUGAGUCAUGCAGUUGUAUAAAUUAUGUAUUGCACCAGUGAUGGUUUAAAAAAGGAAAAUAAGUUUGGUUUGUGUAUUUGAAAUGUUAAGUACAUUUUUGUGCCACUAACACUGUGAUGUAUAAAAUGAGCUGUUUGAAUGCCUUUUAAUGUUGUGUUUUGUACUUGGAAUCAUAUUGAAAAGUUUAAUUUGUAAUUUCAAUACAUAUUUUAAAUGA